AUGGAUAUUAACGAUUUGAAGAACACGGUCUCCAACCUGACCUUGUAUGACCUCAAGGCAGGCUUUCGGAAGGCCCAGAAUGCUGUUAUGAACUUUACCGAGAUGGAGGCCAAGGUGCGAGAAGCAACGAACAACGAGCCAUGGGGUGCUUCAUCGACCCUUAUGCAAGAGAUUGCCAAUGGAACAUUCAACUACCAAACCCUUAACGAGAUUAUGCCCAUGAUCUACCGUCGCUUCACCGAGAAGGCUGCCGAGGAGUGGCGUCAGAUUUACAAGGCCCUCCAGUUACUCGAGUUUCUUAUCAAGCACGGUUCCGAGCGCGUUAUCGACGAUGCUAGAGGACACAUCUCGCUUCUUAAGAUGCUGCGCCAAUUUCACUUUAUUGAUCAGAACGGAAAGGACCAGGGCAUCAACGUGCGCAACCGAGCCAAGGAAUUGGCCGAUCUUCUUAGUGACGUGGAUCGCAUCCGGACCGAGCGCAAGAAGGCGCGUGCCACCAAGAACAAGUAUACCGGAGUUGAGGGUGGUGCGACCUUUGGAGGUGGCUUCUCAAGUGGCAGCUCUGGUCGUUAUGGUGGCUUUGGCAGUGAGAGUGCUGGCUACGGCGGUGGUGGUAGCAGCGGUGGCCCUGGCAACUAUGGCGGAUACUCUGGUGGUGUUUAUGGCGACGGUGGUGGUUUCGGAGGCCAGUCUGAUGACUGGCGAGGCGACGGCGCUGCCAGCCGAUCCGAGCGAUUUGAGGAAUAUGAUGAGUUCGACGAGGGCGAGAGACCAGCUGCCAGCUCAUCAAGAGCUGCCGCCAAGCGACCAGAGCGUACUCCUGUUAAGAAGGCCGCCGAGCCUCCCAAGAAGAAGGAACCCGAGGUUGAUCUCUUCUCCUUUGAUGACCCUGCGCCAGCAUCUUCUGCAGCACCAGCGUUGGCCCCAAGCAACGCUGCCGCUGCUCCUGCGCAAGACGACGACGACGAGUUCGACGACUUCCAGUCAGCUACCCCUGCUCAGGCAGCACCAUCCAACAACUUUAUGCAAAGCCCCGCUGUGACAUCGAUGGCCUCCUCAACCGCCCAGUUUGUUGCUCCCCAACCUCAAUCGGCUCCUCAGCAAGCUGACAUUAGCCACAUGGUUAGCAUGGCGUCCAUCUCGCCUGCACCAAGUGCCUCAGGAACUCCCGGGCCCAACUACUCUGCCUUUAGCAUCCCUGCUGCUCCUGCGGCACAGGCUCCCAAGCCUGCUGCCUUCCAACAGACUGGACCCAACUACUUCAGCUCUGUCCAAGCACAGACAGCAAAGACCCCAACAACAUCUGCCUUCUCAGGCAUGGGAAGCGCGUCCAGCGCUGCGCCCAGCGGCCCUACUACUAUGGCUAACAUGAAGCCCGUUAUUAGUUCAUCAGCCAAGCCAGCACCCGCUGCUGGUGGAGAUGCCUUUGGAGCUCUCUGGGGCAAGGCCAGUGGAGGCGUCAAGAAGCCAGAGACACCCAAGACUGGACCCGCAAUGGGCCAACUUGCCAAGGAGAAGAGCAGUGCUGGAAUCUGGGGAGCCCCAGUAGCUCCAUCUUCCAGCGGCAGUGCUCCUCCCAAGACCGGCGGAUCUGCUAUGGACGAUCUCCUUGGUUAA